UAAAGGCCGGGCACAAUUCCAAGCCUGGGUGGUGAUGAAUUUGGAGCGAAGCUGUAGUGUGGUGGUUAGCGUGAUGCUUUACAUUCCCUGUGACCCAGGUUCAAUUCUCGCCGCUGUCUACGAUUCGAUAUAUGGUUGGUCAAUGUCCGGCGCUGAUGUGGUCUCUGCGGAGGAAGGGGCUCCCGCUGUGUUACCGUGUACUUUCACCCACCCACCUCCUGGUGUCGCACUGAACGGCUCCGUGAUCUGGUACAGAGGGGAACCAGGUGCUAAAAAACUGGUGUUUAACUGCACAUAUCCCGGUUCUGGCCGCUCCUGGUGCGAUACAACGACACAGGAGGCUGGAGGAGGGCGGUUCGGAUUCGUGGGGAACCUCAGUCGGAGAGAUGCCUCGAUAAUGGUGGAGCGACUGAACCGGAGUGACGGUGGUCGGUAUUGGUGCCGGGUGGAGCUCAAUGUUGGCAAGUUUCGAACGGUGCUUCUAACAAAUCUGUCUGUGGGAGCUCCCGGCGAGAGUGUUCCAGUGCUGAACGGGACUGAAGGAGCUUCGGCCACGUUACCCUGUGUGUUCACACGGCCCCCGCAGAACCUCACCGCACACACGGUGACGUGGAUGAGGAAGGAUCCCUACCGACACAUCGUCACCUUCAGGCAUUAUGAAAACGGAUCGUGGGCAGUGGAAAACGGAGUGACGCGGUACAAGCUCGUCGGGGACCCAGAGCUGGGAAACGCCUCGACCAGGAUAAAGCAGCUGAGAGUGGAGGACAGUCACAGCUACCUGUGUCUGGCUGAGUUCAGGAAAAGCCAGCAUGAUUAUUAUCAUUGGCCUCGCGGAGACCGCGUCAAACCCCCAUAUAUGCAUGUGAUCCAGAGUGAGAUCCAGCUGCAGGUCACCCCAGGGACAGGCGCUUCUGAAACCAUGCUGAUGUUGUGUAGCCCACUCGGACUGAAAACUCUCGCCCUUUUAGUGAUGGGUGCCGUUCUCUACUGUGACAAACUCAGAAAGCGACGAGACUGAUCCACCGCAGGAGACUGAGAAGACCGGUUUUCCAACCACAAGGUGCAGACGCAACGAGAUCCAACGAGAACACCAUGUUCCACGUGAAGAAAUGUUAUUUGUCUUUAAUUGGCCUCUUCCUAGAUUCACUCUACAACCUGUUUCAGAAUUCUGGACUGAACAUGCCAAAUAUGUAGAACCGGAGAACGAUCGUAGAUAGAGGCCGAAUUAAGGCGGUGGUAAAUGCUGCACAGACAGCAAUCACUAUUGGGCUUAAGACAGUGAGAGGGGCGUGUGGCCAAUUGGUUAAGGCUUUGGGCUCGCGAUCUGAAGGUCAUCAGUUCGAGCCCCAGCCAUGGCAGCAUGCAACGCACUUAGCCCCACACUGCUCCUGCACGUUUAUAGCCCAGUGGCAGUGGUUGGUGUAGUAUGGACAGGAGAAGACAGUGAGUAGGUGUGAGGUAGACCUGCACUGGUCAUCUUUUCUGAGUCUCAGUCUGGAAAUUAUCCUUGAGGGAAUCUUAAACAAGGUCUCCCAAGUCAUUUUGCUCCGCUGUAUUUUUUUGUAUUUUCUCUAUUUUCACCCCAUUUAAAAAAAUAGUUAGCCUUUCAUUUAUUCUGCCAAUGUGUAUGACCAUACACUUACCGACAAUGCAUUCCAUCUCCACUUGUUUCCCCAUUCUCCUAAUCUGUCUGGGUCCUUCUGUAGUUGCUCCACUUCCUCAAACCCACCUUGCCUUCCACAUAUCUUCGUAUCAUCAGCAAAGUCUGCAUCAAAGCCAACAAUACUAUCAUCCAAGUCAUUAACAUAUAAUGUAAUGGGCUCUGUGCAAUAUCACGAGUUACCGUCAGCCAACCAGAAAAGGCUCCCUUCAUGCCUGAGGAUCUCAGUGGGCUAGGCAGCAUCUAUGGAACAGAGUACGCAGUCGAUGUUUCGGGACCCUUCAUACCCUGAUCUCUUUUAUCCAUGUUAGGAUAUUCGAUGUAAUACCAUGGGCGAGUAGUUUGUUACACAGCUCCAUGUGUGGCAUCUUGUCAAAGGACUUCCAAAAAUCCAAGUACACAAGAUGAAUUAAUUUUCCGUUGUCUAUCCUGCUCAUACUUUCUCCAAAAAAAUUCAAAUAUACUUGUCAGGCAAGAUUUUACCUUGAGGAAACUGCUGACUACAUGCUAUGCUAUCAUGUGGCCUAUAAAUUCCUUUCUUCUGCUCUUCUCCUUUUUGAAGAGUGGAGUGAUAUUUGCAAUUUUCCAGUCUUCCGGAAUCAUUCCAGAACCUGGUGUUUCUUGUGGGAUCAUUACUAAUGACUCAAAGAUCUCUUCGGCCACCCCUUUCAAAACUCUGGUGUGUACACCAUGUGGUUCAGAUGACUUUUCUACCUUCAGACCUUUCGGUUCCCAAGAACCUUCUCAUUAACAAUGGUAACUUCACAUUCUUCAUGACCCCUGAAACCUGGUCCACUCUCCUGUCCUAUCAUAUUCCUUCUUCUUCGGCUCUUGACCUUCCCCAGCCAUCUGGCUUCACCUCUCAGCUUCCUGCUGGCCCUCCCCUACCCCCACCUUUACACUCUAGCACCUUCCCCCCUUCCUUCUCAGUCCUGAAGAAUGCUCAUGACAUUUUGCCAUACUAGUUGGCUUCCUUUCUGAUUGGAUUUGUACUUGUGGUUUCAUUGGAAUUGUUCUUCUGGAGUGUAAAUUUGCCUCAAACCACUAUUGCUUCAUCGCUGAUAAUAAAU